AUGCAACAACAAACCUUUUCUCAGACAUUUAACUUAUCCGAAAGAGAACAUGGAGAACGAUCUUAUCCUACCCAACAUGAGAACCCUUUGGAUGAUAAUUUAGAUAGAGAUGAAAAAUAUCCAUCUAAGAGUAAAGAUCGUUCAAAGGGAAAAUCAAAGAAAAAAUCUCACAAACGCUAUCAUCCUUUUCACAGAUCUCAUAAGAGCAAGAAACAUCACCAUGAUCAAGAAUCUUACGAAAAUUCAAAGCAUUCAUCAGAGGAAUUUGAAAAAUGUACCUCUGAUAAAGUUGAUGAGGAUCAUGUAUCUUCGUCAUAUGUUCACGCCGAAGAAAGGUCGUGGCUGGAACAUCUUUUUGACGUGAUGGCUGAAGACGAUGAAGACUUCUCAUCAAUGUCUUACGCAGAGGACAGCUCAUAUGUAGCAACAGGGAUUGAUGAUAUGUCAGAAGAGGAUUAUGCCAAUUACAUUCGCAGAGGAAUGUAUGAGAAGCAGCACGAACAAGAAUUGAGGGAGCAAAGGAAAAGAGAAGAGAAACUUAGAAAGAGAGAUGAAGAAAAACGAAAGAUGAUGGACAAAUUAAAAGCGGAAGAGGAAAUGCGGUUAAAACGUGAGCAGGAAAAGAAGGCUCGUCUUAGACAUGAAAAUCGCGCUUUAUACUUAAAUCGUUGGAGUCAAUUUGAUGUUAAAGGAGAAUCCCCAAUUGAGUUCGCAGAUAUUCCAUGGCCCGUUGAUGACAUAAUUCAUUUGACGCGAAAAAAUAUCGAAGAAUUUUUGUUAUCAGGAAUUGAAAGUGAUUCCGAGAUAAAGUCUACAUUACGUCGUGAACAGAUACGUUUUCAUCCAGAUCGUUGGCAUCGGUUCGAUAAGCGAAUUCCGACAGAUAAACAACGAAAAAAAAUAAUGAACACAGUUACAGAAAUUUCUCGUAUGGUAAACGUACUGAUAGAAGAAAGAACAUAA